UCUGGGGAGGAAACGGAGCUGCAAACUCAGUCCUGCUCUGCUGUACAGGGUGCAGGGCAGAGGGAGAGCCAAUCACCGAAACGCACAGGCUCCCUUUAAGCCUGACAUAUCUCCAACAGGAACAAAUUGUCCCAACAAUCAACAUCCCAAUCUGCUGCGCGCAUCAAGGGUUGCAGAGGAGCGGAUAGCCCACACAGGCCUGCGCAGCGUGGGCGGACUGCGUGGAUUUCACUACGACAAGAAGCUGCGGGAAGAUCUAAAACGUCAUAAGUCGCUUGGAUAUCAAGGUGUUUCGGCCGAGGAGCGAGCUCGGACAUCAUGUCUAUAUUACCGUCCUUCGGGUUCACGCAGGAGCAAGUGGCGUGCGUCUGCGAGGUUUUGCAGCAAGGAGGGAACCUGGAGAGGCUCGGCCGCUUCCUGUGGUCUCUGCCAGCCUGUGAUCACCUCCACAAGAACGAAAGCGUCCUGAAAGCCAAGGCGGUGGUGGCCUUUCACCGGGGGAACUUCAGAGAGCUUUACAAAAUCCUGGAGAGCCACCAGUUCUCUCCGCACAACCACCCAAAGCUGCAGCAGCUCUGGCUGAAGGCGCACUACGUGGAGGCGGAGAAGCUGCGCGGCCGGCCGCUCGGAGCCGUGGGGAAGUACCGGGUGCGCAGGAAAUUCCCGCUGCCCCGCACGAUAUGGGACGGCGAGGAGACCAGCUACUGCUUUAAAGAGAAGUCUAGAGGAGUCCUAAGGGAGUGGUACACGCACAAUCCUUAUCCGUCCCCGCGGGAAAAGAGGGAGCUGGCGGAGGCCACGGGACUGACCACCACGCAGGUCAGCAACUGGUUCAAAAACCGACGGCAGAGGGACAGAGCCGCCGAGGCCAAGGAGAGAGAGAACAGCGAGAACAGCAACGCAGGCGGCAACAAACAGAACCAGCUGUCCCCUCUGGACGGAGGAAAGUCUCUCAUGUCCAGCUCGGAGGACGAGUUUUCACCGCCUCAGAGCCCCGACCAGAACUCUGCGCUUUUGCUCCAGGGCAACAUGAGCCACCCCGGGGCCUCCGCUUACCCCAUGUCCGGGCUGGGGGGCCCACAGCCGGUGCACGGCAUGCACGGACACCCGCACCAGCUGCAGGACUCCUUGUUGGGACCUCUAACCUCCAGUCUUGUGGAUUUGGGCUCUUAAAGAGACCGCCAGAUGAAACCAGAAAACCAAAACAACAGAAGAGAACUGAUGCGUGAAUCAGAUUGAAGACAUGUAUGAAAUAACACUAUUGUAGCCUACCUUAUAAUAUAGACUGACUGUCUGUCGUUAAAUUUUGGUUAGAGCAAAACUCCUUAAUGCGCUUAUUCUACAUCCACUGAAUGGAUGUUUAAUUUUUGUUUUUCCUGAAAACUCCCUCUUAACUGAUGAAACACUUACCAGGAUCAACCACCUUAAUUUAUGAUAUUUUGUUAAAACAACAAAAAACAAUUAUAGCAACCUCUUGCGAUGGAAACUAGGAGGUAACGUUUUUAUUAGAGCCAAGGUAAUUAGUUUCCAAUAAAACAAAAUUAAUGCA